AUUAUCCAAUCCAAAAAGUGAAGAGAAGAGAGAUUAGAGCCACAACACAACAGCACCUCCUCUCCUCUCCUCCUUCCUUCAUGGUAUAUCCUCCCAGCAUCUUCUCUUGAUACCUCUCUCAAAUCAAUCUCCAAAUUCAUCAUCUUAUAUACUCGCAUUCAUCAUUAUUAUUAUUAUAAUAUUUCAUUUACUAACAACACACCCUCCAAUCAACUAUGAUCCACUCCACUUCUCUUCUUCACCAUAACCACCAUCGCUUCCUUUUCUCUUUCCGUUCCAAACCUUCACUGUCCGAUAAUUCUAACUCACACUCACAAUCACAAUCUAUCUCUUUCUCUAAAUCGCUAUCUCUUCCAUCUUCUUCCCCUCCGCUAUCAUCAUGUUGCCGCGUCGCGCGCAUUUCUACAGAAACAUUAGAGUUAUCUCCACCUCCGCCUGGUUUCAACUUCCGCCGCGAAAUUGCCAGACUCACCGCACUCCGGAACAAGCUCGCCGCCUGCAAUACUCUCCAAGACAAGCUACGAGUGAUAGACGUGGAUUCAAGAGUGAGGCGGUUUUUUGGUUCCUCCUCUCGCCACCGGAAUACGGUGCUAGCUAGGCUUUUAUCGGAGCUCCGGUUGGAUUCUUUCAAUUUGUUCUUGCUCAAGUGUUUGGUUGCUGCGGGUCAAGAGCACGUUUUGUGUUUGAGCGAAAUUAUCACUCAGUCGGGGACGCGGGCCAUGGCUUCCGGUUCCGUGAAGAGUGCGUUUUAUGCUCUGGCGAAGAUGAUCGAGAAUAUGGAUUCCAGUAACAGAAAUUCUGGAGCUGGUUUUGGGAAGACGGCGACGGGGAUGGGUUUGGAGGAUCAUGAAAUUCGGGACUUGAACAAGUUGUUAGAAACAUUGGCACAAAUUGAACGGUUCUAUGAUUGCAUUGGAGGAGUUAUUGGAUAUCAGAUUACGGUUCUGGAACUCAUUGUCCAGCAAUUGGCUGACCGGAAGAAUACGAACUGGUCUCCGCACAUGCAUGAAGUGAAAGAAUGUCAAAUUUUGGGAAUCGAUGCACCUACUGGGCUUGACCUUUCUGAAAAUACAGAGUAUGCAUCUCAAGCAGCUCUAUGGGGUAUAGAGGGUUUGCCAGACCUAGGUGAAAUCUAUCCUUUGGGAGGAUCUGCAGACAGACUUGAUUUAGUUGAUCCUAACACUGGUGAAUGCUUGCCGGCUGCAAUGUUGCCGUUUUGUGGGAGGACUUUGUUGGAAGGUCUUAUAAGAGAUCUUCAGGCUAGAGAAUUCUUGUACUUCAAGUUAUAUGGCAAACAAUGUAUCACUCCUGUUGCAAUAAUGACUAGUUCAGCAAAGAACAACCACAAACACAUCACUUCCCUGUGCGAAAGACUCUCAUGGUUUGGAAGAGGUCGAUCAACUUUCCAACUUUUUGAGCAGCCUCUUGUUCCAGUUGUUGGUGCAGAAGAUGGGCAGUGGUUGGUUACUAAACCAUUCAGCCCCUUGAGCAAGCCUGGUGGUCAUGGUGUCAUAUGGAAACUUGCUCAUGAUAAAGGCAUCUUCAAAUGGUUUUUUUGUCAAGGAAGAAAAGGUGCAACUGUGCGCCAAGUCAGUAAUGUUGUGGCAGCUACAGAUCUAACCCUCCUGGCCUUAGCAGGGAUUGGUUUGCGUCAAGGAAAGAAACUGGGGUUUGCAUCGUGUGAGCGUAUCUCAGGUGCAACAGAAGGAAUUAAUGUUCUGAUGGAGAAGGAAAGUUCAGAUGGCAACUGGGAAUACGGCAUUUCUUGUAUAGAAUACACUGAAUUUGACAAGUUUGGGAUUACUGACGGAUCUCUUGUUCCAAAAAGUUUGCAGGCAGAGUUUCCGGCCAAUACAAACAUCUUAUAUGUUGAUUUACCAUCUGCGGAGCUAGUUGGAUCAAGUAAGAAUGAGAAUAGUAUACCGGGAAUGGUAUUAAAUACAAGAAAGCCAAUAGUUUAUGUAGAUCAGUUUGGAAGACCCUGUAGCGUCUCUGGUGGCAGACUGGAGUGCACAAUGCAAAAUAUAGCAGACAAUUAUUUUAAUUCAUAUUCAUCUAGGUGCUAUAAUGGUGUGGAAGAUAAGCUAGAUACAUUUAUUGUAUAUAAUGAACGGAGAAGGGUUACCUCAUCUGCUAAGAAAAAAAGAAGACAUGGAAACAAGUCUUUACGCCAGACACCUGAUGGCGCUCUAUUGGAUAUGUUAAGAAAUGCCCAUGAUCUUCUUUCACCAUGUGACAUAAAACUUCCUAAGAUUGAAGCUGAUCAGAACUAUGUUGAUUCAGGCCCACCAUUUCUUAUCCUUCUUCAUCCUGCUCUUGGUCCUCUUUGGGAAGUCACCAGACAAAAAUUUUAUGGUGGUUCCAUAUCAGAGGGAUCUGAGCUACAGAUAGAGGUUGCUGAGUUCUUUUGGAGGAAUGUUCAGCUCAAUGGAAGCCUGGUAAUCAUUGCUGAAAAUGUUAUGGGCUCAAUGAAGAUUGAUGAGAGUGGUCAGUCUAUACUACAUAAUGGGCAAAGGUGUGGAAGAUGUAAAUUGCAGAAUGUCAAGGUAUUGAACAAGGGGAUUGAUUGGAGUUAUGGUGGAAACGUGUAUUGGAAACAUGAUGUGCAUCGGUCUGAGGUGUUGCAGAUCAUACUGCAUGGAAAUGCUGAAUUUGAAGCUACUGAUGUUGUCUUACAGGGAAACCACGUAUUUGAAGUUCCAGAUGGAUACAAACUGAAGAUCAUGCCAGGAAGCCCAGGUUUAGCAAUCCAGUUGGAUCCAAUUGAACAGGGUAUGAUGGACAGUGGGAGUUGGCACUGGGAUUACAAGAUAGAAGGUUAUCACAUUAAACUAGAAUUGGUAGAAUCAUAGACCACUAACCACAUCAAAGAUGUCUGCUGCGUGAAUCAUGGUUCACAGUUGAUGUUGGAGCUCGCCAUUAAUAAUUUCUACUACCGAAGUGACAGGUUGAACAGAAGUUAAACCUUUGCGACGGUAGGUUGUUUUAGACUUUUGUUGUAAUAUGUUGAUAGUCUUGUAAAAUCUGUGUCUCUUCCCUCUAGUAUCUUAGCUUUUCUUUUCCGGUAGUUUUUUCAAUUGGGUGGAUCUCUAUUGUAACUAACAUUGUAAAAUUGGCAGGAAUGCAAGCAAUUAUCAUUCUAGUUGUGUAAUGUUUAUAAAUGAAGAUAUAAGUUAUACUAAGUUCGGGAAUCA